AAAACAAUCAUGCACUUAAUUACGAGUAAUGUGUGUAAGUUGAAUGACCGAUACGUCAAUUAUUCCGUCGUUACCAAUAGAACUCAGAAUUCCGUCUCGUUGAAUCGUUGCUAAACUUGUCGUUGACACGCGUUCAGACAAAGGAAAUGGUAUUCGAUACGAACAGUGUGCAACGAAGCCCAAAGAGUAUUACGGUAGCGCUUCAAUUAACACCAAAUCAAUUGUUGUACCAGCAGAAGCGUUUCAGAGGGAAAAUCAAUUUAAAGAAGCCAAAAAUAUUUUUCAAGAAAGCGGUAGUGAACAAACUUGUAGAACCAUUUUUCAUUAAUCCCAGUGCGGGUAAGAGUCUGGAAGAAUUAUGCUGGAACAGGAUUGAAAAAGAAAAGAUUAAGGAACUUGGUCCCUAUGACAAGAUCUUGGCAAGGGAAGUUCGGAAUUGGUUCGAUCAGUCGAAAAUGAUCGCUUGUUUACACGUAAAUAGUUUACCCGAGAGAGAAAAAUUCGAAGUUAAGGUACCACUGUACAGGGCAAAUAUGUACUACAAACAGUAUGGACCACAUAUUGUCUUUGAAGCGAUAAAAGAUUCACCAUACGGAGGUAUAGCCCCGUUAGUCAGCAAGUGCACGGCGUUCGUAUUCAGUCCUGAUAUAAAUGUGCGUGCCUUGCAGAAGAUUAUAAAUAAAUGCAAGAAGAUGUUUACGUUGGGUGGAAUACUGGAGGGGCAUGUUUUAUCGCACGAUGAUUUCCUGAAGUACGGAGAAAUGAACAUGACGUCGGUACAAUUGGGUCUUGUUCAAUUGUUACAAAACGCUGGUGGCGCUAAUUUGAAUCGUCAACUUACACAUCAUCAGUCGACAUUAGUGACUCGGCUAAAACAGAUCGGUACAAACGAAACAACUUCUGCGAACGAUACAACCUCUGACAAGAGCGAGUAAAUCGGUGCCUGUAUGAUUAGCAGAAAAACACUUGUAUCUAUAAUUUAUUAUACGUUCAUAAUGCACACGA